AUGUUGUCCAUCAAGGUACUGCUGCUUGGUGCACUUGCACAAUGUGCAUGGGCUCUCGUGUCAGAUGUUCCGGGAUUAAAUGGUCCUAUACCUGUAGUUCCAGACACCCAGGGAUCAAAGACUAGGCCGAGUGAUUUCAUCCAUCCAGGGCUCUGGCACAGCCACAGCGAUCUUGAGACAAUGCGAAAUAACGUGCUUGGGAAUGUUGAGCCAUGGAAAUCAACAUAUCAAGCUUUUUCUUAUGACUCUUUCUCUCAGUCAAGUUAUGCCAUGCGUGGUCCAUUCGCAGUGAUUAGUCGUGGUGGGAUUAGCAACUAUACUUCAUUCCAAGCGGAUACAAGAGCAGCAUACCAUAACGCUAUCAUGUGGUACAUUACCAAAGACGACGCACACUGGAAAAGAAGCACGACAAUUCUUGAUGCCUGGGGCUCAAAUCUUACUAACAUCAUUGGUACCGAUCGAUCAUUGAUGAUUGGUCUCGAUGGAGACCUCUUUGUUAAUGCCGCAGAGAUCAUGCGAUGGGAAGGUGGAUGGGUCGAGCAAGGAGCAAAGUGGCAGGGAGGAUCUGGAUUUAGUAUUCAGCUCUACUGGCUUUUCGCUCGCCAAAGCGUCAUCAUUGGCCAAGCCAACUACGGGAUUGUAUCGAUCAAGGCUCUUCUCAGCUUCGCAAUAUACCUCGAUGAUGUGGCCAUGUAUAACUAUGCGUUGUACGCGUACAAGAACGACCUUUGUGCUGGUAUUGAAUCCACCAUUGAUUCAAGCACUGGCCAAUCUUCUGAAUCCGGAAGAGACCAAAGUCACUCCAUGACCGGACUUGGGUGGCUGGCAUUGGCAGCCCGUGUGGUAAACAACCAAGGCUACAACUUGUUUACCUAUGCAAAUAACCUGCUGCUCAAAGGAUCCGAGUACACAGCAAAGUACAAUCUCAACGGAACUGUGCCAUACGAUCCGAAGUUUUAUCGUUGCGAGGCGGUGCUUGUCAAUGGGCCUUGGUCUAAGAUAUCUACGGAUCAGCGAGGGAUCCAAAAGCAGGUGUGGGAUAUUUUGCACUACAGCGCUGUUGCGAAUAAGCUGCAAAAUCCUUGGACCUUAAAGGCUAAACAGGCUACAGAUGCGCUGGGUGGUGAGCGUCGUGUCACCGCAAACGAUAUGCCUAGCUGGGGCGAUCUUUUCUUUGCAACGAAGGGUUAG